UAGAAGAUGGCAGUGUGGAUCCAGGCCCAGCAGCUCCAGGGAGACGCCCUCCACCAGAUGCAGUCUCUGUAUGGGCAACACUUCCCCAUUGAAGUGAGACAUUAUCUCUCCCAGUGGAUCGAGGGCCAACUCUGGGACAAUAUCGACUUGGAGAACCCACAGGAGGAGUUCAAGGCCAAACGCUUACUGGAAGGUCUGAUUCAGGAGCUGCAGAACAAAGCGGAGCACCAGGUGGGAGAGGACGGCUUCCUGCUCAAAAUCAAACUGGGACACUAUGCCAGCCAGCUCAAGAGCACGUAUGACCGCUGUCCUCUGGAGCUGGUGCGCUGCAUCAAACACAUCCUCUACACGGAGCAGCGGCUCGUCAGGGAGGCCACCAAUUCGAGCUCCCCCGUAGGCGGCCUGAUGGACAGCAUGUCUCAGAAAUACCAGCAGAUCAACCAAGCCUUCGAGGAGCUCCGCCGGCUCACCCAGGACACGGAGAACGACCUGCGCAAGCUCCAGCACAACCAGGAGUACUUCAUCAUCCAGUACCAGGAGAGCCUGCGCAUCCAGGCCCAGUUAUCCAGCCUGGCCACACUGCCCCCUGCUGACCGACAGUUACGAGAACCCCCCCUCCUAACCAAGAGAGCCACGAUGGAAGCAUGGCUGACCAGGGAGGCCAACACACUACAGAAGUACAGACUGGACUUGGCAGAGAAGCACCAGAAAACACUGCAGCUGCUGAGGAAGCAGCAGACGAUCAUUCUGGACGACGAGCUGAUUCAGUGGAAGAGGCGGCAACAGCUGGCGGGCAACGGGGGCCCGCCGGAGGGGGGCAUGGACAUCCUGCAGUCCUGGUGCGAGAAGCUGGCGGAAACAAUCUGGCAGAACAGGCAGCAGAUUCGGAGGGCGGAGCACCUACGACAACAGCUGCCCAUCCCAGGGCCCAUUGAAGACCUCCUGAAUGAGCUCAACAGCACCAUUACAGACAUCAUCUCAGCCUUGGUCACCAGCACCUUCAUCAUUGAGAAGCAGCCUCCACAGGUGCUAAAGACCCAGACCAAGUUUGCCGCCACCGUUCGCCUCCUCGUGGGAGGCAAGCUGAACGUGCACAUGAACCCGCCGCAGGUCAAGGCCACCAUCAUUAGCGAGCAGCAGGCCAAGGCGCUGCUGAAGAACGAGAACACCAGGAAUGACAGCAGUGGAGAAAUCCUCAACAACAACUGCGUGAUGGAGUACCAUCAGACGACGGGCACGCUCAGCGCUCACUUCAGGAACAUGUCUUUGAAGCGGAUCAAGCGGUCGGACAGGAGAGGAGCAGAAUCCGUCACCGAGGAGAAGUUCACCAUUCUCUUCGAGUCCCAGUUCAGCGUCGGAGGCAAUGAGCUGGUCUUCCAAGUGAAGACAUUGUCACUGCCGGUAGUGGUGAUCGUCCACGGGAGCCAAGACAAUAAUGCCACGGCCACGGUGCUGUGGGACAACGCUUUUGCUGAGCCAGGCCGGGUUCCAUUCCUGGUGCCGGACAAGGUGCUGUGGCCUCAGCUGUGCGAGGCGAUCAACAUGAAGUACAAGGCGGAAGUGCAGAGCAACCGCGGCCUCUCCGAGGAGAACCUGGUCUUCCUCGCCCAGAAGGCCUUCGGCAGCACCAGCACCAGCGUGGAAGACGACCGCAACAUGGCGAUGACCUGGUCGCAGUUUAACAGAGAAAGCUUGCCUGGUAGGAACUUCACAUUUUGGCAGUGGUUUGACGGCGUGAUGGAACUGACAAAGAAGCACCUGAAGCUACACUGGAAUGACGGAGCCAUACUGGGCUUUGUGAACAAGCAGCAGGCUCAAGACAUGCUGAUGUCCAAGCCCAACGGCACCUUUCUCCUGCGCUUCAGCGACUCGGAGAUCGGAGGCGUCACCAUCGCAUGGGUGGCCGAAAAUCCCAACAAAGCAGGCGAGAGAAUGGUGUGGAACCUCAUGCCCUACACAAGCAAAGACUUCUCCAUCCGCUCUCUGGCCGACCGCAUCAGCGACCUCAACCACCUGCUGUUCCUCUACCCCGACCGGCCCAAGGACGACGUCUUCUCCAAAUAUUACACCCCUCCGCUCUCCAAGGCGGUGGACGGCUACGUGAAGCCGCAAAUCAAACAAGUGGUGCCUGAGUUUACAACAUCCAAUCCAGAUCCAACGAGUGGGAAUCAAACCUACAUGGACCAUGUCGCCUCCCCAGCAGCUAUUAGCCACCCUCACACCUACGGCAUGUACCCACCAAUGAGCGACUCCAUGCUGGACGGCGACGCAGAGUUUGACCUGGACGACACCAUGGACGUGGCGCGGCACGUGGAGGAGCUCCUGCGGCGGCCGGUGGAGGGCCACUGGGGGGGCCAGCAGUCUAGGCGGGAAGGAGGUGGGGAGGGGGGGACAAACACCGGCUCCGUGUUCCGGGGGGCACCAACAAGUCCGAACCGCCUUUUUGUGGAUGAAAAAUGCUGUGACACCGCGGAGCUGCGAACCAUGGCGGGGCUCCACGCUUCUUCGGAUCCGUCGGGACAUUUUCUGGACUUGAGCCGGCCGACCGCCGCCGCCGCCAUGGCCGCGGGGCUCGGCGGGGACACGGCGGCGCUGCCUCCGGCCGGCACCCGUCCUUACUUGGAGGUGUCCGCCGGCGCUGCCCGGGGCUACGAGGGAGUUUACAGCAACGGGCGCUACCGGGAGCGCAGCAGCCCGACGGUGGGCGCGGGCAGCCGGGAACCGUCCGCGGACAGGAGCCAGGGAGGAGCGAACACACCUUGCGGCAUCAUGAAGGUUGGUGGGCUCAAGGACGGAUCCAAGCAGAGGCAGGUGAGAAAAAAGACUGUCUCCUUCAGCUCAAUGCCGAACGACCGCAAGAUCAACAGCACGGCUGCCUGCAUGGCGUUCAUGAUGGAGGGCUGCGAGAUGAAGAAGGUUCGAUCCAACUCGCGCAUGUACAACCGCUACUUUCUACUGGAUCCGGACAUGCACUGGCUCCGCUGGGAGCCUUCCAAAAAGGACUCUGAGAAGGCCAAGCUGGAGAUCAAGAGCAUCAAGGAGGUUCGAUUAGGGAAGAAAACCCCAGUCCUUCGCAGCAAUGGUCUCUCCGAUCAGUUCCCAGAUGAAUGCGCCUUCUCAAUCAUCUACGGGGACAACUACGAGUCGCUGGAUUUGGUUGCCAGUACAGCUGAUGUGGUCAGUACCUGGGUGAUGGGCCUCAGAUAUUUAGUGUCUUAUGGCCGACACACCGUGGACAUGGUGGAUCCCAGCCAACCAAGUCUACGGACAUCUUGGAUUAGCUCUGUGUUUGAACUAGCGGAUAUGGAAAAAGAAGGACACAUAGACCUUUUCAGGUCUACUCAGAUUAUCAAGGGGCUCAACCCUGGGAUGAAAGAGUCGAGGAUAGAAUUAAAGUUCAAGGAACUCCAGAAAGAGAAAGACCAAUAUGGUGAGGCAAUUAACAUGGAUACCUUUGUCGAGGGCUACUGUGAGCUGUGCACACGGCCAGAAAUUUUCUUCCUGCUGAUGCAGUUCUCAAGUAACAAGGAGUACCUGGACUGUAAAGACCUGAUGCUCUUUGUGGAGGUGGAGCAAGGUGUAGAAGGUGUAACAGAGGACAUGUGCAGGGAUAUGGUUCUUAAGUAUGAACCAUCCGCCGAAGGCAGAGAUAAGAUUUAUCUCUCCAUCGAUGGCUUCACACACUACCUCCUCUCCUCUGAGUGCCACAUCUUUGAUCCCCAGCACAAACGUGUGUGCCAGGAUAUGACUCAGCCCAUGUCCCACUACUACAUCAACUCUUCACAUAAUGCCUCCCUUCUGGAAGACCACUUCUGGGGUUCAUCAGACAUCAGCAGUUACAUUCGUGUUCUCAGAAUGGGCUGUCGCAGCAUUGAGGUCAUUGUGUGGGAUGGCCCUGAUAACGAGCCAGUAGUGUAUGUAGGUAGUUCUGUGGCCUCACAGCUAGUUUUCUCCAAGGUUCUGGAUAUCAUCAACCAAUAUGCCUUUGAGAGCUCUGAGUAUCCCCUCCUUCUCUGCUUAGUGGCUCAUUGCUCCAUCCCACAGCAGAGGGUCAUGGCCCAACACAUGAAAAAAAUUCUAGGUGACAAGCUAUUUGUUGAUUCUCCUAACAAAGACGAACAUUACCUACCCUCUCCUGAGAAUCUCAAAGGUAAAAUUCUCCUCAAGGGUAAGAGACUAGAACCUAGCUGCAAUGAACCUGAAGGGGAUGUGACAGAAGAGGAUGAAGGUCUAGAAAUGUCCAGAAGGGUAGAGGUAGAUGACCGUGACCAUCUUAAUGGCUUGGGUUACAAAAGGCUCAGGCUGUGCAAAGAGCUCUCUGAUCUUGUAUCUCUCUGCAAGUCGGUUCAGUUCAUGGACUUUGAGACCUCAAAAAGGGACCAAAAAUACUGGGAGAUCUGCUCCUUCAACGAGGUCGACGCAAACAGGUUUGCCAAUGAAUUCCCAGAGGAGUUUGUCUGCUACAACAAACGCUUUCUCUCCAGAGUCUACCCCACUCCGAUGAGGAUUGACGCCAGCAACAUGAACCCCCAAGACUUCUGGAAGUGCGGCUGCCAGAUUGUGGCAAUGAACUACCAGACACCCGGCCUGAUGAUGGACCUAAACCUUGGCUGGUUCCGUCAAAAUGGCAACUGCGGGUAUGUGUUGCGACCAGCCAUCAUGAGAGAAGAGGUGUCCUACUUUAGUGCCAACGCUCGGGAUUCUUUGCCUGGGGUGUCCGCGCAGCUCCUUCACAUUAAGGUCAUCAGUGGGCAGAACCUACCUAAGCCCCGCGGCUCUGCAGCUAAGGGUGACGUGGUGGAGCCUUACAUAUACGUGGAGAUUCAUGGCAUUCCAGCUGAUUGUGCCGAGCAAAGAACCAAGACCAUGUCCCAAAAUGGCGACAACCCCAUUUUUGACGAGAGCUUUGAAUUCCAGAUAAACCUACCCGAACUGGCAGUCUUGCGCUUUGUGGUUCUGGAUGAUGACUACAUAGGGGAUGAGUUCAUUGGCCAGUACACCAUUCCCUUUGAAUGCCUUCAGCCGGGCUAUAGGCACGUCCCUUUACAGUCUCUGACAGGCGAAUUCCUACCCAACACUACACUGUUUGUCCAUGUAGCCAUCACAAACAGACGGGGUGGAGGGAAGGCCCACAAGAGAGGUAUAUCCGUCAUGAAGGGGCGGAAGGCACGGGAGUACACCAACACCAAGACCACUGGGAUCAAAGUGGUCGAUGAACUUUUCAGAGCUUCUACGCAGCCGCUGAGAGAGGCCACAGACCUUCGAGAAAAUGUACAGAAUGCGGUGGUGUCCUUCAAGGAGCUCUGCGGCCUGACACCUGCAGCCAACAUGAAGCAGUGCAUCCUGACCGUGUCCACGUGGCUGAUGAACAGCGAGAGCUCCCUGCAGGUGACGGUGGACCUGAGUGAGACGUACCCCACCAUGGAGGCUCAAGGACUUGUGCCCGAGCUGCUGCGCAAAGUUCUCAAUGCCUACGACAUGAUGAUUCAAACCAGCAGAACACUGAUUGAGUCCGCUGAUGUGGUCUACUCCAAGCUGAUGCAAGCACAGCGUGCAGGUCUUGACUUCCACGAGGACCUCCAUCGCAUCGGAGCCAAGGAGGGUCUGAAAGGUCGUAAGCUCCAGAAGGCCAUGGAGAGCUACGCUUGGAACAUCACGGUGCUUAAGGGCCAGGCGGACCUGUUGAAGCACGCCAAGAGCGAGGCCCUGGACACCCUGCGUCAGAUCCACUGUGCGGCUCAGUCCUGUGGCCUCAGUAAGAACGGCGCCUCCUCCCCACAGCCGCAGCCCCAUCUUCCCCAACAGCACCACUACCCCCUGCAGACACAGCAGCAACAACCUCAGACCAAGACCCCUCCGAUGAUGCCCCAGUCACAGACUCCAACCCAGACCGGACCUCCUCAUUCCCCGCUGACACCCCUCCCUCUGCUCCAAAGUGUCCCAACACCACCAGCUUACAACCCUCCCCCGGACCUACCCCAGUUCCAGAGAGCCGCCGGACCUCUGGACUCCAUCUUCGAGAAGGAGGCGUUCGGCCGUGAUCCGGCGGGAACCUGCUGACCCGCAGCCUGUGCCCACAGAGAUGACAAGGGGACGAACGAGGGAGAAAGUAUGAAAGAAGUGGCGGGUGGGGGCGGUGAAGAAAGGAUGACGGAGGACGGAGUCAACCAGAUGAUAAUGAGGAUGAUGGCGAGGAAGAGUCGGCGCGUAAGAAGCGAGACGCAAGUGUGAAAGUAUCCCUCUAGGUGGCGACGGUCGCCCACCAACACAACUGGAAAAAACUGCCCUUUAAAGGUCAAAGAUCACCACAACGUAUGUGAAUCUAGGUGUAAACGUAUUCAAAUGUAAGAAGGGAUGAUAUAUAAAUUGCCAUAAGGACUCAUGUAGACAUGAAUGAUUCUAAUUGUUGUUGGUUUGAUGGAUAUUCUAACUAUUUUUUAACUAUUCAUUCCACGUAUGUGAUCGUUUGUCCGGACACCUGGCGCACUUUACGGGUUAGCGCCACAACGCCAGGGUCCAAAAAAAUGAGUAAUGAUGAUUUUACAAAGGUCAGCUGUGUGUAUCACUGUCAAGUCGACCCAUUAAAA